CACACCAGUGUAGAAAGUAUUCAAUCGCUCUCUCCUUCUUUCCCUCUCUGUGAUCGCUCGCAAUCAGCCAAGAACAAGAACUUAAUCGCUUUAAAGUUCAAAGCUCUCAGCCAAUCAACUCCCUUCUAUCAGUAUGGCCACUAAGGAAGUGAGAAGGCCCACAAUGAGACCAGAAAGUUCAGUUUAUACUCGACCAGUAGGAGUAUCUUCAAAAACUGUUUGCGCCUAUUGGAUUGCUGGAAGGUGCACUAAGAAGUUCUGUAGAUUCUUGCACACAGGUGCACCAUCUUCACUGGCGAACCCUCACAUUUCAAAGCAGAAGGCUAUUCAGAAGGGCAAUGCAUACAAUGCUACUCAGAAAAGCAAUGUUGUUCAGAAGUCCCCAGAAAAGGUCUGCAAGUUUUGGGUAGUAGGAAACUGUGUUGAAGGUGAUCGAUGCCCGUAUUUGCAUACAUGGUUUCGUGGAGCUGGCUUCUCAAUGUUGGCGAAGCUCCAAGGGCACAAGAAGGCCGUCACUGGGAUUGCACUUCCUGAAACAUCUGACAAGCUUUAUUCAGCCGGUACAGAUGGAACAGCCAGAGUUUGGGACUGCCGUACUGGUCAAUGUGGCAGUGUGAUUAAUCUUGGUGGUGAAGCAGGUUCUUUAGUUAGUGAUGGCCCAUGGAUUUUUGUUGGUGUACCAAAUGUUGUUAAGGCGUGGAACAUUCAGACAAACGCUGAAUUCAACCUGAAUGGACCUGUUGGCCAAGUGCACGCCAUGGUGGUUGCUAAUGAAAUGCUUUUUGCCGGGGCACAGGAUGGUGUUAUAUUGGUGUGGAAAGGUUGUUCUGAAAGUAAUCCAUUUCAGCUGGCUGGAACUCUGAAAGGCCACACUCAAGCUGUGGUAUGUUUAACUGUUGGGCGCAGUAGGCUUUACUCAGGUUCUGUGGACCAAACAAUCAGGGUGUGGGACCUUGAUACUUUACAGUGUAUUAUGACACUAAAUGGGCAUUCUGAUGUGGUGAUGUCUCUUAUUUGCUGGGAUCAAUUCCUGCUCUCAUGCUCAUUGGACUGCACAAUAAAGGUGUGGGUUGCCACUGAAGGAGGCAACUUGGAAGUGACCUACACUCACAAUGAAGAACAUGGUGUUCUUGCACUUAGCGGAAUGCCAGAUGCAGAAGCUAAGCCAAUCUUGUUUUGCUCAUGCAAUGACGCUUCUGUUCGCCUAUAUGAACUGCCAUCAUUUACUGAGAGGGGCAGACUAUUUGGCAAACGAGAAGUUCGGGCAAUUCAGAUAGGGCCCGGGGGACUAUUUUUCAGUGGUGACACAAGUGGUCUCCUGUCUGUUUGGAAAUGGCUGGACCCUGACCUCAAGGAACUGUCUUCAUGACUCAUUUGUUCAGUUUGUAAGAGCCAUUACCGUGAUGGCGAGGAGGCAUGGAUGCUACAAUUGUAACCAGUUUGUAUGUAAACUUUGACAAUCCUUCAGUUAUUCAAACUAGUUUUGGUCAUUGCGGUGUGGAUUGAUUUGUUUGUACAGUAUAAUGUACAGUGAGAUUGUUAAAUCCAAAAGAUGAU